CACUGACACCACCACCACCACCAUCGACCCCACCACCAACGUAAUUGACACCACCAGCACCACCCACGGGAACAUUAGCGCUGCGUCCCUAAGGACGGCCGACGGGGCUACGUCAAACCCGGCUUCCCCCGCCUCCGUGGAUCACCUCACGGACACGGAGGCGACGGCCACGCUCAGGUUACCUGCCGAGUCAGCGACGACGGACGGGGGGCCACCGCCAUCUGAACCCCAGGUCACGUCUGAAACGGCCACCGCAGGGAACACGACCUCGCACACCCACCGGAAACCACGGAGCACCCCCCUCAUGACCUCGCCCCAAGCGAGAGUCACGCCCCUUUUAUCAAUACACACGCCCACCACCAUGAUAGCCACGCCCCUUACCUCGACACACCCAUCAUCCACCAGGAUAGACACGGCCCUUACUGCAACAGACCCACUUUCCACCAUGAUAGCCACGCCCCUUACCAUGACACACCCACUUUCCACCAUGAUAGCCACGCCCCUUACCAUGACACACCCACUUUCCACCAUGAUAGCCACGCCCCUUACCAUGACACACCCACUUUCCACCAUGAUAGCCACGCCCCUUACCAUGACACAACAACUUUCCACUAUGAUAGCCACGCCCCUUACUCUAACGCAGUCACCUUCCACCAUGAUAGCCACGCCCCUUACUACAACACACCCACCUACUCCCAUCAUAGCCACGCCUCUUACCUCAACCCACUCACCUUCCACCAGGAUAGCCACGCCCCUUACCUCAACUCACUCACCUUCCACCAGGAUAGCCACGCCCCUUACCUCAACCCACUCACCUUCCACCAGGAUAGCCACGCCCCUUACCUCAACCCACUCACCUUCCACCAGGAUAGCCACGCCCCUUACCUCAACCCACUCACCUUCCACCAGGAUAGCCACGCCCCUUACCUCAACCCACUCACCUUCCACCAGGAUUGACACGGCCCUGACUGCAACAGACCCCCCAACCACAAUGUUAACCACAGCCCUGACUUCAUCAACUCCACCUGACAGACCCACACCUCAAACAAAGACAACGGCGCCCAUCACAAACACGGGCGCUGAAACCCUAACCUCGAGGACUAAGGCUUUUUCAACCAUGCAAACUACAACCUCAACAACCGCUACCACUACAGCUACGGCAACACCUAUCACCUUGACAACCACGACCACCGCCACAACGGUCGCGCCAACGACCACGACAGAAGUAACAAACGCCAUACCAAUACAGACGACAGAGGGUGUGGGGUGCACCGUGAACAUCACGGAGAUCAACGCCAGCGCAGACUCCGUGCUGGUGAAAGUCAACACACCUGGCAGCGGCUGUAACUUCACCGUGUUUUAUAAUGAGACGCCUCACACUGAUGGACUCGACUGCGAUCUGUUCGGGGAUUCCAGCAACGCGUACACCUGCGAGAUAAAUCCGCUGGAAGCCGGCACGCUGUAUUCUUUUGUGGUGCAAUCCAAAAACGAUGGAGAAAGGGCCGUCAUUGCAGUGCGCACAGACCCGCUGGCUCCGUCCGGGGUUGAGAUCCAGCCGGACCAGGCCCAGUACCGGAGCUCGGCCCUGGGGCACGGCGGUACCUCCGGCCUGCGGGUCUCCUGGAGGCCGUCCCCGGGCCACGUCGACUGGUACGACGUCCUGCUGGAGGACCGGGCCGGGUCGGAGCCCGGGCGAAGCACCCGGGUCACGGGCACCGCCGCCCCGCAGUCGGGCUUCAGCGGCCUGACGCACGGGACCCGCUACGCCCUGGGGGUGGUGGCUACGUCAGGCAACAAGAGCAGCCCGGCUGUCUGGACGGACGCCGCCACAGCUCCGGCCACGGUCAGCGAUCUCCAGGCGUUGGCCUCCUCCGACUCUGAGAGCCUCAGUGUCUCCUGGCAGUCCGGCCCAGGGAGGACAGAGCUGUUGCGGGUGGUGCUCAGUGACCAGGAUGGGGCCGUGUUGGGGAACCUCACCGUGGGCAACGCCACAAACUCCAGCGUGUUCACCGACCUGCGACCUGGAACCUUCUACGUCGUCACCGUGGUGACUGAGGCGGCUGGUCUAAGGAGCGCCCUGUCUCAUCGAGUCCCCACAGCACCUGCUGCCGUCUCCCACCUGACUCUGACCAACAACGGUUCCACGGACUCUCUGAUAGGCUCGUGGGUCUCCGCGAGAGGCGGGGUCGAUGGCUACCUGGUGACCCUGUCGGGGCCGGGGUCGACCCCCCUGCGGCUCAGCCUGCGCCCCAACGCCACCCGGGCCGUGCUGCGGGGCCUGGUCCCGGGGCAGGACUACCAGCUGACCGUCACAACGCAGGCUGGGGGCCUGGGCACCGACCGCAGCGCGGCGGCCAGGACGGUGCCUGACCGGGUGUCAAAGCUGUCCAUGUCCGGCCUGGAGGACAGCCCCUCUCUGAGGGUGUCCUGGGCGCCCCCUAGGGGCCGGUGGGACCACUACCGCCUGCUGCUGUGGAACGGCUCCCAGGUGCUGGUGAACCAGACCCUGGGGAACAGGACCACCCAGUACGUGUUCUCCGGGCCGGAGCUGGGCCUGGUGCUGGGCAGGAUCUACAGGGCGGAGGUCACCGCGCAGAGCGGACUUCUGGGUAACACCGCCUCCUGUCAGGGACGACUGGCCCCCCGGGCCGUCCAUAAGCUGGUGGUUCGCCACAGUGACGAGACCACCCUCAGCGUUCUCUGGGGCCGUCCGACGGGCGAGUGGGACGGCUUCAGCCUGGCCCUCCGGCAGGGGGACCCCCCCGUGGUGGUCUCCGAGAGGACCCUGCCCUGGGGGGCCCAGGAGUGCACCUUCAACGUCCUCACGCCCGGACGCCGGUACGAGGUUACCGUGACGACCGCCAGCGGGAACCUGAGCAGCUCGGCCUCUGUGGUCGGCUGGACCGCCCCCUCCCAGGUGAGCGCGCUGCAGCUGUACAACGCCGGACCACCGAAGCCUCCGGCGCGCUGGGAGCGGGCCCCCGGGGACCUGGACUCCUACCGCGUGCUGCUGGUGCACGACAGCAGCGUGAUCAGAACGAAGCGUGGGGCCCGACACCUGCAGCCUCAGCUUCCCGGGGCUGAGGCCGGGGCCCUCUACAGGGUGGUGGUGACCACCGUGAGGGCGGGCCAGCUGUCCCGGCAGGCCGUGGCCGACGGACGCACCGUCCCGGCGGCGGUGGGCGAGGUGACGGUCAGCAACAACGGCCGCAUGGACUUCCUGAGCGUGUCGUGGCGCCCCGGGCCGGGCGAGGUGGACGGCUACCUGGUGUCGCUGCGGGACCGGGACAGGACGGUCCACACGCUGGCCGUGUCCAAGUCCAGCCCCCAGUGCGUCUUCAACUCCCUGUGUCCGGACGCUCUACACAUCUCCAUCACCGCCCGCUGCGGGGCCUACGAGAACCACACCGUGGUCAGGAGCGCACGCGUCAAGCCGUCGGGCGUCCAGGACCCCACCGCCUCCCACGACGCGCGGGACGACUACCUGAAGGUGUACUGGCGGCACGCGGCCGGAGACUUCGACUCCUACCAGGUGGUCAUCAAGCACAACAACCUCUUCCACCAGAACCAGACGGUGGUCAAGACGCGCAACGAGUGUGUGUUCACGGGCCUGGUGCCUGGCAGGCUGUACUCGGUGCUGGUCAUCACCUGGAGCGGAGCCUACGAGACCGCCGUCCCUACGCACGGGCGCACCUUCCCCGCUGCGGUGCGGUCGCUGACCCUGGCCGGGCGCGGCACCGACGACCUGCGGGUGGCGUGGGCGGCGGCCCCCGGCGACGUGGACCACUACGAGGUGCAGCUGCUGUUCAACGACCUGAAGGUGUUCCCGCCCGUCACGCUGGGCAGCGGCGUCGAGUGCGUGCUGUCCUCCCUCACGCCAGGGCGCAUGUACAAGGUCCUGGUGUCCACGUUCAGCGGGCCCAACCAGAGGGCCCAGUUCAUCGAGGGACGCACAGUGCCCAGCAAGGUGAAGAGCAUCCACAUCAGCAACAGCGGCGAGAGCAGCAGCCUGCGGGUGAGCUGGACGGCGGGCCAGGGGGAGGUGGACAGCUACGUGGUAUCCCUCCACAGGGAGGGCCGCCGGCUGGACGCCCGUCCCGUGCCCAAGCACCACAACGAGCUGCGCUUCGACUCGCUGCAGCCGGGCCAGCUGUACGACAUCACGGUGCAGUCCAUCAGCGGGGAGCUGGUCAACAACAGCACCGCCAGCGCACGCACCGUGCCCUCCAUCGUGUCGGGGCUCCAGGUGGACACCCAGGAGACCAUCAGCAGCCUGCAGGUCACCUGGCAACAGGCGCUGGGCGUUGCCGACGGUUACAGCCUGGAGGUCUUGGAUGGGAGGGGAGAGCUGGUGACCAACUCCUCGGAGCCGUACGGACGCGGCCAGCAUCGCUUCGACCGGCUCACCCCCGGCAGGAAGUACCGGGUGGUGGUCCGUACCACCAGCGGGGGGGUCAGCAGCCAGGGGGUCAGCGGCGAGGGCCGCACACGUCCAGCCGCGGUCUCCGAGCUGUCCAUUCAAUCCAACACCACAAGUAGCCUGUCGUUCCAGUGGUCUCCACCAGAGGGCGACUUUGAGACCUAUGACAUCUUCCUGUUCAACGGGGAUGACCGGCUGCAGGAGCAGCUCAAGGGACAGUCUGCCAUCCAGCAGUGCUCCUUCAAGGGCCUGGUGCCUGGAGCGCCCUACAAGAUGGUGGUGUUGACACGGAGUGGGGAGCUGACCAACGACUCAGCCAUCUGGGCCAGGACUGUCCCGGGGGCUGUGCUGUCCCUGCAGACCCACAGCACCAACCGCUCCGAGGAGCUCAGGGUGAGCUGGUCGCGGCCCUCGGGCGAGCUGAGCGGCUACCAGCUGUCCCUCUACGCCCCCGACGGAGCCCGGCAGGCCCAGCAGCAGCCGCUGGGGGCGGGGGUCACCGAGCACGUCUUCCAGGGGCUGGUGCCGGGACGGCGGUACCAGGUGGUCGCGCUCACCUGUAGCGGGGAGCUGGUCAACAGCGCCAGCACCGCGGGCAGAACCGCCCCGCGACCCCCGACCUCCCUGUUCCUCGGCGUCACCAACACCUCGGUGGAGGUCACGUGGAGCGGGCCCUUGGACUCGGACUACGACGACUUUGACCUGCAGUGGGUCCCCAAGGUGCAGCUGUCGGUGGUCAACCCCUACCUCGCCCGCACCUCUGGCAGCCGGCUCCUGCAGGGCUUCUACCCCGGGAGGCUCUACACCCUCAGCCUGCGCACGGUCAGCGGAGCCACCGAGGCCGGCGCCCGGCCCACCUACAGCCCCACCGUCUACAAGAGCAUCCGCACCAAGCCCGGCCGUGUCCACGGCCUGCACUGCCGCCCCCAGAGCUCCACCUCCAUCUCCUGCUCCUGGGGCGCGCCCCGGGCCGAGUACGACUCCUACACCGUCGAGUGCCUCCACCAGGGCUCCCGCACCCUGGUGUACUCCCGCCGCACCGGCCGCGACUCCACCGUCUACCUCAUCAGCCAGCUGGAGCCCCACAAGCGCUACACCGUGUCCGUCAAGGUCAUCUCGGACACCAUGGUGAGCGAGGCGGCGCGGGACAGCGUGGUGACCAUGAUCGACCGCCCUCCCGUGCCCCCUCCCAGCGUCCGAGUGAGCGACCGGGUGGCGGUGGUCUCCAAGUCCUCCAUCGUCUUCAGCUUCAACUGCAGCUGGUUCAGCGACAUCAACGGAGCCGUGCGCAACUUCACCGUGGUGGUGACCGAGUCUGAGGACAGCGAGAUGCUCCAGCCCGACCAGCAGCACCCCCUCCCCUCCUACCUGGAGUACAAAACCAACAGCUCCGUCAAGUCCUACCAGACGGCCUACUUCCCCAGCCACUGCGCCGAGGGCCCGGACGUGGCCCCCCAGAGCUUCGACAUCAGCCUGGGAACGGGCAUGGACACACUGGGAGGGGACUGCGACGCCACGGACGGAGAGCCGGUAGACCCCGACCUGCAGGGGGAGACCGGACCCUUCUGCGACGGACCCCUCAAACCCAAAACCGCCUACAGACUGAGCGUGCGGGCCUACACCCAGCUGCUGGACGACCACCAGAAUGCCGGCGCCUCGCCGCUUUUCACCGACACCUACCUGUCCCUGCCCGUCGUCACCGAGGCCGAGCCUGGGAGCGGAGUGAUGGAGGGCAUCAGCGCCGGCCUCUUCCUCAUCUCCAUGAUGAUCGGCGUGACCGCUCUGCUCGUCUGCAGACAGAAGGCCCGCAAAGUGAGUGUGGAAGAGACACCAGUCGUCAGGAUGAGCAUGAGGAGAGAGAGAUCACCCAGCUCUGGAGUGUACAUGGGAGUCCGAGGGAACCGCCGCAUUUCAAGCCCCAUCAAGAUCAUGAACUUUGACGGCCACUUCUCCAAACUACAGGCUGACUCCAACUACUUUCUGUCAGAGGAGUUUGAGGAAUCUGAGGAGGUGGGUCGGAACCAGCCACUGGAUACCGCUCUGCUCCCGGAGAACCGCGGGAAGAACCGAUACAACAACAUUCUCCCCUAUGACUCAACGCGGGUGAAGCUGGCCUGUGUAGACGAUGACCCCUGCUCCGAUUACAUCAACGCCAGCUAUAUUCCUGGAAACAACUUCCGCAGGGAGUACAUCGCCACGCAGGGCCCUCUUCCUGGGACUAAGGACGACUUCUGGAAGAUGGUCUGGGAGCAGAACGUCCAUAACGUCGUCAUGGUUACACAGUGUGUGGAGAAAGGCAGGGUUAAGUGUGAUCACUACUGGCCCUUCGACCAUGAGCCCUUGUACUACGGGGACCUGAUAGUCCAGAUGCUGUCCGAGUCCGUCCUGCCCGAGUGGACCAUACGGGAGUUCAAGAUCUGCAGUGAGGACCAGCUGACCUACUCCAGGCUGGUGCGUCAGUUCCACUACACCGUGUGGCCCGACCACGGCGUGCCCGAGACCACCCAGUCCCUGAUCCAGUUCGUCCGCACGGUCCGGGACUACAUCAACAGGAGCCCUGGGUCCGGGCCCACCGCGGCCCACUGCAGUGCCGGCGUGGGGCGCACCGGAACCUUCAUCGUCCUGGACCGCGUCCUGCAGCAGCUCGACACCAAGGACGCGCUGGACAUCUACGGCGCCGUGUUCGACCUGCGCCUGCACCGAUCCCACAUGGUCCAGACCGAGUGCCAGUACGCCUACCUCCACCAGUGCGUGCGUGACGUGCUGAGGGCCAGGAAGCUUCGCAGGGAACAAGAGAACCUCCUGUACCCCAUCUAUGAGAAUGUCCACCAUGACACUCAAAGAGAUAUGGUGUUCACCAGGCGUUAAAGAUUGUAUUGGUGAUGGAGCAAGAAAAAAGAGAUUGACUGUACAGUUAUAUUUGUAGCACUACUGUAAUACAUCACAAUUAUAUUUUUUUAUUCAAUAUUUUAUGUGUUUAUGACAAAAUAUCAUAGAGGAAAGUAUAUGACCAUUAACUUAUAGCAACAAUAUAACUUUAAACUGAAUUGUGUAUACAUUAUGUUGGUGUUUGUAUAUAUUUUGCAAUAUUUCGACAAUCUUCGGAUUUUAUGAUAGUAAUAAGCUAAAAUUAAUUUGCACAUAAAGACUACAGCACAAAACCAAAGUAUGAACAUUUGAUUUUCGGAGAACGGCUGUUGGCUCAACUAGAGUCUUGUACUGUAAAGGUUUUCUGUGUCACUAGCCACUCACAGAGAGUGAUUCAUCAUGAGUAAAAGUGAAGUCAGCAGAUUAUUUUCCCCCAACAGCAUUUAAAUCACGGUGCCUUUAACUAAUGACUUGGUUGCUCAAGUCACUUUGUGAAGCCAAGUUAAAAAAGUUUUUAAAAUACUGUCCAAAAUGUACUGUUUAACUUAUGUAUCGAUUGAUGUGAAUCUAACUUUUCUUAAUCUAAUCUAUCUAGUAUGCUGUAUCUUUCCUAAUGCGCAUUUUACAUUAACUCAAAUGUAUAAGGUGUAAUUUGAAGCAUACAUAAAAUGUAUUCCAUUUUUUACAUUCACAAAAUGAAGAAGGUUAUGGUCCAUGCCUGAUAUAUUACACUAAAUCAGGAUUAUGCAUUUUUUUUUAAAGACUCAUGCUUUUCCCCCUCAGUUUUUUAAAUAAGAAAGUGUUCAAUGUAUGAAGAGGAAAUAUUUUUAAGCAAUCAAAAUAAUUGAUAAAUAGAAAACUAUUUUAAAUCAGAUUUAAGCAUAUUCCACACUCAAUGGUAUAUUCUUGCUCAAACACGAAUUGUAACAUGACAUGUAACAGUCACUGUCAAGGAAUGCUGAGAGGAACUCACUAUAUUUGCGGCCGAUGCCCAAGAAUGCGAGCUUGGAUAUAGUUACUACUUUUCACAUAUAAUGAUCGUAUGUAUAUGGCAUAUCGUGACGCAUAUUCUGUGGGUGUUUAAAUAAAACGAGUAAUUAUGUUUUUAA